AAACACAAUAUGAAAGGGAAGUUGCUUCAAACACAGUUAUUAUUGUUGUUUUAUAACACGUGAUCGCGAAUGUUGCAAGUAAUAUCAUGUGAGACCGCAGGGGCUUUGUUAACUGGAAGAUAUAUUAGUUUAGAAAAUAGGAGAGAAUCUUUCUGUCCGACGUAUCUUUAAAUUACUACGAAACGAUGGCUACUGCAUCUGUUUGGGCAGAAACGUACGAGAACUUAAAACAGAAGCAUGAUGAAGCCUACUUUGUAAUCGACGAAGCGAUAAAGUUAGAAAGUGAAGGUAAACAUCGUGAGGCGUAUGGGAAAUACGAAGCAGGGUUGUAUCUUAUCGACAGUGCGUUGGCGAUGUCUCAGGAGUGUCUGUCGGAUCCUGAUGUAACUUGGGAGAAAGCGCACGUCAUGGUUCAGAAAAUGGCAAAAACCAAGCAGGAGGUGCUGAGCCGGCUGGCAGACCUGCAGAGCAGCCCGGAGCCGCCCCAGCGGCCCCCGCCGUCCUACGAGGAGGCCGUGUCUGCCCCCGCCGCUCGCCCCGUGCCCCACACCUACAAGGAGCUGGGGGACGCCCUCCAGGAGCUCAGGGUGGAGACGGACGCCAGCACGGCGCAGGUCCUGUUCGUCCUCGAGGGCGUCAGGCUCUACUUCAUAUCGCCGGACGGGACGGUGACCUCCACGUCUCGCCCGGACACGCUCCGGAUCGUGCAGCUUCAAGAUGUUGGUGAAAAUAUGCCGAGGGGCUACCUUCAAGUUGGCUCAUGGAUCUACCCUCUUGUCCCAGAGGUGUCUCCUUGCUUGGUCUCAGAAUUUGGAGCAUUUGUGUUUCCCGACCUUCAGUCUGAUGUCGAAGGUGCUGCGGUUGGCAUCACCCUGCCGGAGGAAGCUGACGAGUCUGUGCACGAGCUUCUGGAUGACAUACUCCAUGGCGUGGCCUCCAGUUCUGUUGGUGGGAAGGUCGUCCAGCGACGCACGCCACGGUGGAAACGUAGCGUGAGCACCAGUUCGACAAUCUCUCAAAGGAUUGUGCAGGGCGCUGGCUACAUCGCUCAGGGCUUGGUGUGGGGCGCCCAGCGGGUGGGCGACCUCAUCAACUAUGGCACCCCCAAGAUCAUGGAGCGGCUGACGCCAGCGUCCCAGCCGACCUCGCUCGACCCGCGAGUCAGUCACGGGCUGCAGGUCGCCAAGGACGUCACUGGCACCGUCGUCAACGUCACCGGGCAGAUGGCGUGCGCCUUAGGCUCGGCCACGAUGUCGCUGGGCCGCUUCCUGGCCCCGCACGUCCAGCGGCAGGGCGCGCGCCUGCUCUCGCACACGCUCAGCAUGAGCGAGGAGGAGUCCUCGCGCAGAGUGGAGGGGGUGCUGGAGGUGGCCGCGGGGGCCGUCGAGGGCCUCAGCACCGUGUACGACGGGCUGGAGCGGUCGGCCGGCAUCCUGGGCUCCAACCUGGCCAACAACACCGUCCGGAUUGUGGCGCACAAGUACGGACACCCUGCGGCAGACGCUACGGGCGACACUUUGUACACCGUAGGCAACAUCUACGCUGCGUCCAGGAACGUGAGGAUCUUCACGCCGAAAGGACUGAUGAAGACGACGGCCAAGUCUGCCGGCAAAGCUGUGGUUGAAGAUUACCGCCCGUCGCUUCCAGAUAGGCAAGAUGGCGCCAGCACUUCCUCAAAGUUGAACUGAAACAGCUUGGCUUCCGUUUAUGACCAUUGUCAUUCUGAGUAAUUUUUUUGGAGGUAACAGCUACUGAAUUUACUAGGUUUAAGGUGUUUCUUGUUUGUACUUUUUGUGGUUUGAAAUUGGAGCGUUCUACAAUCCAUACAAUUUUCCACUUACCGUAUUUACUUGAUUCUAAGAUACAUCUUUGUUAUGACUUUUGAAUUGAUAUGUAUAGAAAACUCAUAAAAAAUUAUUUUAUAGAGUUUUAGCCUAGGGAUUGAUGGUGUUUUAGGUAAGCUGUUUGCAAUUUCAGGUAAUUCAAAGCCAAGAAAAUACUUUUCAGUUUAAUCAAAUGGAGAAAUACUUUCCUCAGCCUCAAAACACAAUUGUUUAAGAUUACCUUAUAUUUGAGUAAAUAUGGUAAUUUUUUUCAAAUACUCAUGUUAUGUGAUGGUUUAUUUUGUUAUGAUAAAUAUCUCUGGCUGUGUAAUUUUAAAUGUUCUGUAUUAUAAUUUGUGUAGAAAGAAAAUGACAAUGUUUGUGGUGUACUAUGUUGUGUUAAAUUUGUAUUUUUGUUAUGAGGGAAGAAAGUGAGAUAAAGAAUUUCUUUUACCUCUAUGUCAGGGUGGAUAGAGUGAAGGCAUCCAUUUCAAAAUCUUGUUUGUCUAACCAGUGAUAUAAUAGACUGCACUGCAAUCAAGAGAUUACACACCUAUUCGUUUUCAUACUCAUGCUGUUCUCUGUUUAGAUGCAUUUCUUUAGGUUAUGUUUACAUUCAAGUUUAUUCAUUAUUGUAAAAAUAACCUAACUCAAUAAGUGAAAAAGGCAGGUAUGAAGGCUGGCAGCUUCGGGAUGUUCUGGAAAAAUAUUGGCACAUGUCACUGUCAUAGGUUGAUGGUAAGAAAAGACUGUCCUAAAUUCCGGUUUUCCAUCAAACUAUUUAGAAGUAGUAGUAGUAGUGUAUAUUGUGACAGCCUGCAGGCAACUCGUACGCAUAGGCCGAUGAGAGAAAGUGUGACUUGGUUCAGUGAAAAACUAUUUUUUUUUUAAAUCCUUUAUCAUUAAUUUCUUCAAAACUGAAAUUAUUUUAUUUUGAUGUUAGGUUGUGUCUUAUGUGUUUGUAAAAAAAAAACUUGUAUCUACUUUUUCUGUGUGCUUGUCCCUUUAAAAGGAUUGAUAGAAUUGUUAUGUAUCAUGUCCAAAUCUCCACUGGUCUUGAAAUUUUUUUUUUUUGACAAUUCUUUUAUUUUAUUGUUAUGUACCUUACCAUUUUGUUUAUAUGUAUGUUGAUUAUGAGACUGAAAAUAAAAUGUCUUGACAAGCUAAUUAAAAUAAAUCCUUGUACUCAGAGCAUUUGUGGCUAUUUUCAAAGUUGGUUACCUUAAUUGUAAGCAGAUUUGCUAGUUUAAAUGUAAUAAUUCUUAGUAAUGCAGUUCCUAGCAGCUAUAAUGUUUCAACAUGCCAAUCAAAAUGUGUGUAAGGAAAAUAUAAAAAUACAAAACAAAAUAUUAUAGUGACAAGUUACAAUGUAUGGAAAAUACGGAACCUAAACUUCCAAAAAUUAGCUGUCAGGUUUACUGGUAAAGUUAUUGAGUCUCAACCACCAUCACACUGACAUGCUUCUUUCAUACACCAAACUGUAAAUUUUUUUGCUUAUUACUGCAUGAUUGGCAGGUUGGAUUAAUGGUAUUCCAUUUGUAUUUAUUUUUACGUACAAUCUAGGUGUCAGAAGUCAACAUGGCUUUAGAUUUUUGAGUUGAGUCAUCUUCACUUAAAAGGCAAAGCCAAAAACUUUCCAAAGCUAGUUCACAGAAGUACUAUCCGAAUCAUGUAGCGAGAUCCCGAGCUAUUCGUUACAAUUUACGUAAAUUGUAACAAAUUGUAAUAAAUUUUUGGUCUGAGUACUUGAAAAAGUACACAAUUUUUUUUCUUUAGAGAAAAGUACAAAUUGGAGUAUACCAUUAUUUACCUCACAGGCCAUGCUACUCCUUUGCCUGGUGUCACAGCUGCAGGUUUUUUUUUUUUCUGUUUCUUUUUUUAAUAGCAUUGUAAUGAGAUACCAAUAUUAUUUAUUUGUUUAGUUCCUCAUUAUUUUUGAUAAAUAAAUAUUAAGGUUUAUAAUGGGCUCUAAAAUUGUAUCUAAAACUAACAUAUGUAACUAAUUGUACCUAUAAUCGUUAGAGCUUUUAAGCUGUUGGUUACCCAUCAGUGUAGACUUUAGCCAUUUGCAUUGUUUAAAACACAAUUUGUGUUGUGAUAAUAAAGCAAAGCAGUUUAUGCAGCUGAAUGUACUGACUUGCUGGUGCACUUGAAGUUCCUGUACACUCGAGAUUAUAAGAAAGUCUCAGACAGCCACUAGCUGCACAAGAAAUUAUUUUCAUGAAUCUUACAAAAAAAUAUACAGUGCAAAUUGAGUUAAUGAAUAUAUAAUAUUAUAUGUACAAAUAUUUUGUGACUUGUAUUACAUUAUUGUUACAAUAAAAAAGUUAUUAAAAUU